ACCACCAAUAUGUCCAAGACGAAGCUGACGUACUUUGGGGUGACGGGCCGAGCCGAGCCAAUUCGCUACAUGCUCGCCUACGCGGGGGUUGAAUUUGAAGAUUAUAGAAUUUCGUCAAUGCAGGAGUUGCGCAAGCAAGACUUGCCUUUGGGCCAGUUGCCUAUUUUGGAGUUUGAAGGCAAAACUCUUUACCAAUCAAAGUCAAUUUGUCGCUUCUUGGCGAAGCGUUUCAACUUGGAAGGAAAGGACGAGUGGGAGGUUUAUUGGUGUGAUGUUGCAUUCGAGACUGUUAUAGACAUAAGUGCUGCUUUCCGUCGCGACAGAAGUUGGGAGAAAACGGAAAAAGAAAAGCCUGAUGCAAGGGCGAUUGCCGAACAUGCGUCCGCCUUGGCUAAAGCUGCUUAUUUCGUUGACAAACUGGAAAGCCAAUUGGAAAAAAAUGACGGACACUUUCUCAAAGGAAAACUUUCCUAUGCCGAUUUUUAUUUGGCGGGGUCCAUAAGUAUUUUGAACUACCAAGCAGGCGAAAACAUUUUUGCCAAUAAGCCCAGGCUGAAUGCUCUGAAGGAAAAAAUUGAAAACCUUCCUGCUAUCCGAGCAUACUUGGAAAAACGUCCUGCUGUGCCCUAUUGACUUUCUAAUCAAAAGAAAUAAAGCGUUUCAAUUAUUUAUAAUCUGUCCAGAAAUGCAGUUCUCAUUAUUAAUAAAUUCCUAAA